AUGCUUGCCCGGCCGCGCAUUGGCCUCCGGGGCUUCUCAUCAGCUGCGCCGAAGCCGAAGCGGAUCUUUCUGCGAGUGGCGACGGCUUCGGCUGCCGCGGGGUCUGUGGGCGCGGGGGCCUUUGUGGCGCACCAUGCGUUCGGAGCACUUGAAGACGCGCUGGGCAGACCAAGAAGUAGAUGGUAUGAGUUCUACUGGAACUGCUGCAAGGACUCUGGCUUGUAUGCGCUGGCCACCCUGCAGAGCCAGGCAGCUGCACUCUAUGGGCAGCUCCUGGACGCAGAGGCAGAGCGCCCGGAGCCGUCGCGGGAGGUGCUGAGAGAGCGGCUGAAAGCACACGCACAAGAGCUCCUGGCCGGGUCCGCCCCGGAGCCGCGGCGCGCGGCGCCGGAGGCGCCGGAGGCGCCGGAGGAGCUGGGGAUGGCCCAAACGCAGCUGCGCCAGCUGCAGGCUGAAAAGCCGAAGCUGCUGGCGCAGAUUGCGGACAUGGCAGAGAUGGCGCAAAGCAAGGGCCAGGAACUGAUUGAGUUGCAGCAACAGCUACGGCGCAAGGAGCAGGAGAAAGCCUUCACGGAGAGUGCGCAGAGCGAAGAUCGUGCCAAGGUGGCAGCUAAGGAGCUGCAGAUCAGCGAGCUCAAGGCACAUUUGGAUCUUGGGGCGGUCAAGCUGGAGGAGCUCCGGGAGAGCCACCAGAAGCUGCAGGUGGAGGCGGAGAACCUGCGAAAGAAGCUGGAGCAAAGCUAUUCGCAGAUCCACAGCAGCCAGGAGGCAGAAUCCGAGAAAGCGAGGGAAGUGCUGGAGCUACAGACUUGGAAGGAGGGACACCAGCACGAGGUGGCGGUGCUGCAGCGGCUGGUGGAGAAGAGUCAGGAGGAGGUGGACAAGGCCAAGGAGAGCCACCGCAAGGUGCAGCAGGAGCUGCAGGGCGUGAAGAAGAUGUUCGAGCAACAAACGCGGCAGAUGCACAAGCUCAAAGCGCAAGAAGCCGAAAAAGCGCAGGAGAUGACGAAGCUGAAGCAGCACCAGGAGCAGCGCCGCGAGGAGCUCGAGCAACUGCAGGCGGAGUUCCAAGCCUCUGCCGCGGAAGCGGCGCGGCUCCGCGCCGCGGAGGCGGAGCGCUCCGCUGAGCUGCGGCGCCUCGAGGCCCUGCAGCUGCAGCACCAGCAAGACCUGGAGAAGUCCAAAGCGGCCUACGAGCACCAGGUGUCGGAGGUUGAGGCGCUGAAGGCGGCGACGGAGCAGCUGGCGACCCAGCUGGCGCAGAGCGGGGAGGCGUCCCAGGUGCUGCGGAAGUCGCUGGAAGAGAAGGAAGCGGAGCUGGGCCACCUCGGACAGCGGCAGAAGGAGUUGGAGGAGGCGGAGGCCAAGCGCGAGGAGCACCUGGCGCAGCUGGAGACUGCGGCGCUCCAAGCGCAGCAGGUGAAAGAGACUCUCGAAGGUCAGCUGCACCUGUUGAAGGCCGAGGACUCCUCCAAGGCCAAACGCCUGGCUGAGUUGCAGGACGUCUUGGCCGCCCAAGCCGAGGAUAUGAAGACUGCGCAAGCUGAGCUGCAGCACAGGGAGGCUGAGCUGGAGCGGAGCAAGGCCCAGGUGAUGGUCCUCGAAACCGCGGGGCGGCAGAAGGCACAGCGGCUCCAGGAGUUGCAGAAGUGGAAAGACGACUGCGAGGAUAUGCGAGAACGUUUGCUGAGCGGCAAAUUGGGCCAGAAAGCCGGCUAG